AUGCAACCUAACCUUGGACAUCAAAGACGACCGACAUUACAAAAACAAAUGUUACAAGACGAGAAUCUAUCUUCUACAUUCUCGGGUACUUCUUAUACCUUAGAAGAGUUUGAGGAGAUUAGAGAAAAAUUAAACAAACAACUAGGACCCGAAUAUAUUAGUACAAGACAAGGACCAGCUGGUGCUGGGAGAUUGGUAUAUAUCGAGGGAUGGAAGUUGAUAAAUUUAGCCAAUACUAUCUUUGGUUUUAAUGGAUGGUCAUCCAGUAUUCAGGAUAUCACUAUCGACUUUGUUGAAACCUCACAAGAUACAGGAAAAGUUUCGGUUGGUAUAUCAGUAACGUGCAGAGUAACUCUCAAGGACGGUACAUAUCAUGAGGAUUUGGGUUACGGCAUCUGUGAGAACUCAAAGAGUAAGGCCGCCGCAUUCGAGAAGGCCAAGAAAGAAGCAAUGACAGAUGCGCUUAAGCGUACCCUACGAACAUUUGGCAACGCAACGGGUAAUUGUGUGUAUGACAAAAAAUAUGCCUCCGAAAUUGUUAAGAUAAAGGUUUCGCCGCCACAAUUUAAUGUGGACAAGUUGUAUCGUAAUCCAGAUUUUAUCUCCAAAACCACUAAAACUGGAGAUACAUCUAGUAAAAUCGUAACUGACAAGUCUGUUGAAUAUACAUCACAACAUUCGAUGGAUAAAAUCUAUAACAAUAAAAAUUUACAACCCCAGGAUAGUACCAAGCUUACGAAUCAAUCUCCAAAUCAAAGAAUCACAUCCAUCUCAACUAAUCAAAGUUUGAAGAGUACAUCACAAAUCUUAAGUAAUGCAUCUGCUAUCAUGAUGAAUAGAGAAAAUACACUAAAACCCGUAUCGAAUUUGACUCCUCCAAUAAAUGAAUCUGUGGCUCCCAUGGGAAAAGAAAAUUAUCCAAUGAAUAACCAAUUGAAUAUGACCACGACUACAUUGAUGUCAAAUGAUGAACAAAAUAUUUCAAAGCAUACGCCACCAUCCAACACAAAACAAAAAGUUGUUCAAAAUGAAGAUAACUCUAUAAGAUCAACGACAACAAUCGAUGACCAUCUAACUCGAUCGGCAAUUUUGGCUCAAUUCGCAGCAUUGGAUAGUAAAAUGGAUUCUUUCUUUGCGGAAUUCCUAACCGAUCCUGGAGAUGAUAUUGAUGCCAAUUUAUUACUUGAACAAGAACAAUCACCAUGUCAACUAGUAGCCAAAAAUGGUACUGGUAUUGAAAUGUCUAAUGAGAACCUCACCACAAGUUUAAAAGAUGUAAAUGAAAGUUCUAAUCGAUUACCAGAAAAAAAUAAUUGCAUUGAAGAAAAUUUAAAAUUUUAUAAUCAAAUCAACUCACCGAAAAGGCGGCCAUUGGUUCAAAAUCCAAAUAUCUUUAGUUAUGAACUUUCUCCUAACAAUCGAAACAAUAAUUUUUUAACAGUCAAUAAUAGAACUGAUAGACUCUUAGAACAAAAAGUUGGAAUGAAGCUUAACGAAAUUGUUUAUAACAGACCAUCUAGUGCUAUUGUAUCUCCAAGCCGCAUUCAUGUGGAGUCAGAGUUUGAGACCGAUCAGAAGAAUCUUGAUGAGGAUAUCAUGCAUGAUAGGGAAAUUAAGAGACCAAAAUGGUCAUGA